UGUUGUUGUGGCGUCUGCCCUUUUCGCUCACUCUCUCUCUCUCUGUUGCUCGUACCCGCCGCCUCCCCUUUUUCUCUGUCUUCCUCACCCACCCCCUUUCUCUCCGAUUCCCUCGUCCUUACACCUUCAGUCUGCUUCUGUUGUCUCGGCGGAUUGUUGGGCUGUGGGAGAGAAAGGAUAUCGCGAGUAUUGGAGUUUUGGUGAGAGUUUGUGGAAGAUGGCGCCUGUUGUGACAGGGAAGUUCGGGGAGCGCCCUCAGCCACAGCGCCUAACAAGAGAAGCGAUGAGGAAUUACCUGAAGGAGCGAGGUGACCAAACUGUCAUGAUCCUGCACGCAAAAGUUGCACAGAAAUCCUAUGGCAAUGAGAAAAGGUUCUUCUGCCCUCCUCCCUGCGUGUACCUGAUGGGCAGUGGCUGGAAGAAAAAGAAGGAACAGAUGGAGCGAGAUGGCUGCUCUGAGCAGGAGUCGCAGCCUUGUGCCUUCAUCGGCAUCGGCAACAGCGAUCAAGAAAUGCAACAGCUUAACUUAGAGGGAAAGAAUUAUUGCACAGCCAAAACCUUGUACAUAUCCGACUCUGACAAGAGAAAGCACUUCAUGUUGUCUGUCAAGAUGUUCUACGGCAACAGCGCUGACAUCGGCGUCUUCCUCAGCAAGAGGAUUAAAGUCAUCUCUAAGCCCUCCAAAAAGAAGCAGUCCCUCAAAAACGCUGACUUGUGCAUUGCAUCGGGGACCAAGGUGGCACUGUUCAACCGGCUUCGGUCCCAAACAGUCAGCACACGCUAUCUACACGUGGAGGGCGGCAACUUUCACGCCAGCUCCCAGCAGUGGGGCGCCUUUUACAUCCAUUUGUUGGAUGACGAGGAGUCAGAAGGAGAAGAGUUCACUGUGAGAGACGGUUACAUCCACUACGGCCAGACAGUCAAGCUGGUUUGCUCUGUCACUGGCAUGGCCCUGCCCAGACUGAUCAUCCGUAAGGUGGACAAGCAGACGGCGCUGUUGGACGCCGACGACCCCGUCUCCCAGCUCCACAAGUGUGCCUUCUACCUGAAGGACACAGAACGCAUGUACCUGUGCCUUUCCCAAGAAAGGAUCAUCCAGUUUCAAGCCACUCCAUGCCCAAAGGAACCAAACAAGGAGAUGAUCAAUGACGGCGCCUCCUGGACAAUCAUCAGCACAGACAAGGCCGAAUACACUUUCUACGAGGGCAUGGGCCCUGUACACUCACCUGUCACCCCCGUGCCUGUGGUAGAGAGCUUACAGCUAAACGGUGGUGGCGAUGUCGCCAUGCUGGAGCUGACAGGACAGAACUUCACUCCAAAUCUGCGGGUCUGGUUCGGAGACGUUGAGGCUGAGACCAUGUACAGGUGUGCGGAGAGCAUGCUGUGCGUGGUGCCCGACAUCUCCGCCUUCCGUGAGGGCUGGCGCUGGGUGCGGCAGCCAGUCCAGGUGCCCGUCACGCUGGUUAGGAAUGACGGCAUCAUCUACUCCACCACACUGACCUUCACCUACACGCCGGAGCCCGGACCGCGGCCACACUGCAGCGCCGCCGGGGCCAUCCUGCGGGCCGGAAACUCCAGCCUGCUCAGCAGCAACAGCCAGGAGGCCGGCUCCGGCGUCUACGGCCCCAACAGCACCUCCAACGCAGGAGUCGGAGUCACAUCCUCAUCCUCCACCGCCGCAGCUGUGGUCUCCUAACGCACACAGGGGGCCACUCAAUACAGUAUGCCUUGAGCGCAAAUGUACCACGAGGUAUAUAAAGACUAUGGGAAAUAAUAAACAAAAACUGACUCACUCUAAAGUGCUGCGUAUUAAUUUUGGAUACAAAGAAGCUGAAAUGGAAAAAUUGGUGGGAGAAAGGAGCAAACGCAGGGGAAAUCUGAAGGAGGAGCAGCAUCACAACGCUGUCAGCCAAUGGGAAUAAGCGAAAGUGCUCCUUGACAAGCCCCCUCUCCUGUGCUUACUUAGGGACCUGCCUAUCCAGUUCUGGUGUUUGGAAUGAGUGAAGUUCCUGCAGGCUCAGAGCACCAGCACCUUUCUACGGCUGUGAGAAUGGAAACCACAACAACAAUACAUCCACCGUGUACAAAAAAUUCUCUUGAAAGUAUAUUUUUUGCGCCUCCCUGCUCCCCCUCCCAUCCCACCACUUGUUUUAUAAUUAUUCCUUUUGUUUUGUGUUGUUUUGCAUUUGUUUCCUAAAGGGGGCUGGAUGUAUUGUUGUUGGAGAGAGCGCAAGGAUGCAGAGGGACACACAUAAAAAGUGACGAUAAAAUAGUUUUUAUGGACCAAGGAUCUUGUAUAAGCUUUAGUAAAGGUACAUUUUUCUCCAUACCUUUUUUGUAUUAAACAUAUAGUACACUUUUGUUACCAAAUAGUUUCUAUUCUUCCUCUGAGCUUGGGCUUUGUUUUCCCCCUUUUGAGGUCCAAAAUCCCAACCUCUGUUAUUGCGACCUUACUACAAACGCCUGCUUUUUCAGUCUUUGGAUUGAACUUCUUUUUUUUCCUUUUGAUACUCUUGCUUCUUCUGUUGGGGGAAAAUCUGAAGUCUGGGUUGUUUAUUUACAUAAACGAAGUUUGUUUUUCUGUUUCGUUUUAUUUUUAAAUUGGGGAAUAACCUCAGAGGGCCUAUGUGUUAUCAUUGGUUUUUAUGAAGUCUUUAAAAAGAAAAGCUUUAAGCAACGCCUCUGCCUUGCCUGCAAUACUCUAUGUGCGCUAUGUCUCCUUAGGAAAGUAUACACAUCAGUACAUCUCACAUGGAGCCAUAGCAACAUUUGCAGAAUACAUCAAAAACUAGACUUCCAUGGUUACGAAAACAAGUCAGUUUGUCAUUUUCAAACUAAUGUAACAAGUGUAGUCAUUGACUUAAAAGGAUAGCCUUAGUACUGUAUAUUCUUACUGUGUUCACAGUCAAACCGGUCACAUAUCUAAUAAUCUGUAUCUGUUGCUUUAUUGGUCACUGUAUCAGAAAAUGUAGUGAAACUUGUCUCUCAAAACUGCACCCAGCGAGGUGUCUUCCAGUGUGUGCUGUAGUUCUGGUGGCAUUUAACUCCAGUGGUUUUCCAAAAAAGAUGGACACUUUUCAAUUUGAUGUGGCCUUACUGAAAAAAAAUACGUCACCUUUUUCUUAUCUGCUGUUUACUGUACUCACCUUGGAAGAACCUGUGCAUAGCACACAAACAAGCUAAUGCCUCGCUUCUUAUCACAGGAGCUCUGCUGUUUCAGGCUCAUCGAACCACCUUGUCAUGCAAAGCAGCCUUCUGAAGGAUCUCUUAACCUUCAUUUUUUUGGUGAACAAGUACAAUAAGCCCGUUUUUUAUUCUCAUGCUGGUGCCCAGCACCUUUUCACUUUUGGUACAAUGUCUCACGAGCGCUGUAAGCUCUUUUCAGCCUUCUUUUAAAAAAAAAAAACAAAAAAAUCUCCUGUGGUUUAUUAUCUUUGCAGAAACAAGCGUGUGUACAUUGCAAACUCACUGUCCAAGUAGUUGCACUCAUCUGUGUUCAUGGCGACCGCCGCGUCUCCUGUAGGAGUAUAAAGGCCUUCUAAAUGUGUAUUAUUGAAGAUGUGCAUUUCCAAACAUAACAGCAAUAUUGUACAGGUCAUUUCAUCGUCUUUGUCCGCCUGAGCACUAGUUCACCAGCCAGCAAAUAUAUGUGUGUAUGUGUGUGUGUGACUGUCAUAUGUAGUUGCUGUAAUGGAAUAUUGAGUCAGACUCGCUCCAUUUCAAAGUGUGUUCCAACUGCUCUCAAAAAAAAGGAAAAAACCUUGAGAUUCAUGGGCUUUUUCUGUCUUCCACCAGGAUCCAAAUGUCUGAUAAUUAUGAAUAAACAUUCAAAGGCAAUACUUGUGAUUUUAGUAUUACAGUACAACUGUAUACACUUCCGGGGGAAAAAACAACAACGAUACUGUAACUUGAAUGUCUGCUUAAUGAAGUAUUUCAGAAUUUUUCUUACAAACAAACUCUUGAAGUAGGAACAAAAAAGGAUUCGCUUGCACCCCCUUCAAUGUAAAAAAUUUAAGUUAUGCCCCCCAUUUCUCCUCCCAUGCCCACCUGUCAGUCAUUAAUGUUAAAUGUUUUAUAUUGUAAUAUUGAUAUUUUUUAAAUUAUUGGUACAAAGUCUCCCCUUGUCUUAUGUCAAAAAAAAGUGCAUUAUUACCCGUGCUGCCUAGGUUGGCCUGGGAGUGUAGGCCACUUCCUGUCUGUCCUGGAAUCGUGGAGGAGUUGGUGCUGCAGCGGUAGUGUAGCAUCCAAACCGAAUAUUUGCGCUUAUUCACUCUGAAGUGUUGUGACGAGCUGCAGGUCAACCUGAACCCUUUACUUUGCAGCAUGGAGGUCACAAAAUCUUAACUGUAGAUUUUUAAUUUGAGUGUUUUUUUCCCCUAUGUUUACUAGCUCUAAAUUCAGCCAGUUUUUAACAUAGCCUCCGCAUUAGCAUCACCCCUCCCCCCCGAGCUUGGAUAAUUUUGGGUUUUUGUUUACAUGUCGAGUCGCCUCUGUAGGACAGCCACCCCUGGAUCCUCUUCAUCUCCUCAUGCGAGUCUGAACAGAGCAGCUUUGUCACAUUCGCUCAAACUAAUAAAGGGGGUGAUGCAUGCUUUUUAAAAAAUGUGUCGCCUUGACAAUCCGAGCUGGUUUACAGUUUAUUUUUUUCUUCAAACGUGGAGUUUUAAGAGACAGGGGAGGAUACAGAAUAACUUGAUCACAUGUCUCGCUCAUGAAGGGGAUGAGCUGUCAGAAGCGGUCAUAAGAAAUGUUACAUGCCUUCUUAAAAACGCACGCUCUAUUAACGUGGCGACAAAGCUUUCAGAGGGAAAAAAACCCGCCAUCUCAUUAGUGAUGCUUUUACAAAAUAUCUUAACCGGUUUCUUUCUCUUUGUGUGUCUGGUCAUAUUUGUUUUUGCUCUUCCAAAAGCAGCUGUUCUUGUUUGUUUUUUGUUUUUAUAAUGAGCUCUGAACAAUGUAUGUAUCCUCUAAUAUGCCAAAUGUCUUUUUUAUAAUGUAGUUUUCAUGCACUGCUAAACAAAACAGGGCAGAGUGAGAGGCAGCUUUAAACAAAUAAAAAAAAGGAGUGUGGAGCCCUUCUCUGUCGCACUCAGCCUUACUUCUCCUUUAGACUAUUUGGCUGUUUGCACUACAGAGCGCUAACCUUUCUUUAUCUCUCACACAUUUCAUCCUCACUCUUUAUCGCUCAUGUUUAUGUAUGUACAUUAGGACUUUUCUCACUUUCCUCUCUUUCUUUUUUGUUUUUAACAUGCAGCCUGUUAUGCUUAGCUUUGCUACAGUUGGAUCACUUUUUUUUGUCAUUUCCCCUCUUCUUCUUCUCCAUGUCCUUUUACUAUCUUUCACUCUCACUGUAUGUGUAUUAUUCUAGUAAAUGGUAAGCAGAGGUGUCAUUGUGGUAGUAUACUCAGUGCUCAAAGGGUUGCUGAUGGUAGAAACCUGUGCCGUUUGUAACAUUUAGCAAUAACGUCAAAACAAAGGGGACGGUUUUUUGAUAACAUAUGUUAGUUUGUUUUUGUACAUAUUGCAGCUCCAGGUCAUGCUCAAAUCUGUAUGUCAUUAAAAGAAGAAAAAAACGAGAAAAAAACUUGCAAUAUUGGCAUAAAAAUGAGAAAUAAAAAAGUGAUAUAAAAUCUCA